AUGUGUCUACUGCAGUCUACAAACCUAUCUAUACUCAAUCUAAUUGCAAACAGAAAUAUACAAAAAACACAACCCAAAACAUGUCAAGAAUUAUGGAAGUGUGGAGUAUUGUGUUCAUCAAUUAACCCAAUAGAGAGGAUCAAGUGUUAUGAAAAUGGGUGUUGUCUCAUGUCACCAAUACCAACUACAGAUGAUUUUAAAUUUAAACAAUUAUUUGAGCCAUUGUUUUCCAGGAGAACAUCAUUUGCAAUUUACAAAGAAGUAUUUAAAGUGGAUCAAAGAUGUACAUGUGUUAAGUUCAAUGGUAUUGAAGAUGAAUGUAAACAUCCAGAAUGCAAACAGAAUUUAAAAUGUUUAAGUCAACCAUUAGCAACAUGUUCACCUGCUGAAAAUUGGAAUAAAUAUUAUGGACAAACU